AUCAGCAAACACCUAAAUUACAUAACUUUACCCUCCACUAUCAAAAGUUACAUCCAGCCACCCCACUACUCUACAAUCUUGUCGUGUUAACCCCCACAAUUGUUGAAAAUCUUUUAUAAAACCCAUUAAAUAGAUUCUAAAACCUCCAGAAUUCACUAAUUCCAGCUUGAAGAACAAAAAUGUACGUGACGAGGACACUGUCGCAGUUCAGAAAAUACCAGAAGACGCUCUCGGAGGAAUCACCGGAAGGUCCAUUCUCCGGCGUUCUGGUAAUUACAGACGAAGAAGCAGAAACAGAGGAUACGUUCUGUUUCGGUUUAUGUAAGAGAACAAAAAUCGAGAAGCUUCCGUUCCCUCAAGACAAGAUCUUAUCAGUUGUUCACACAGACAGUUCUGGAAACAGAGAGACUUCAGUUAAGAAGGUCUUGUUCAUACCGGCUCUCGAUCAACCAUUGUCUUCAAAUCGGUAUUACGUUGUUCACGCUAGAGGCAGACACAAAGGGAAAGUUUGUGUGUGUUCUAGGGAGAUAGAGAAAGGGUUAUGUUGUUUUCCAGAUAUCUUGCAUGACAAGAAACCGAAACCUUUGGAUCCAAGAAACUUAUAUCAGACAGUUAAGAUCAACCGGCAUCACGAGCGGACGUUCUAUGCGAAAUCCGUAGCUCCAGAUGGCACACCACCUUCAUUUCUCAAGAAGAAAGGAUGGGAACUACGAACCUCGAGGAGCCUGCAUCCGAAGAGACCUAGAGAAGCUCUAGGCCUUGAUGAUGAGCUAAGAGCCCGCCUCCCUGAAUUCAAUUUCCCCAUCUCAAUAAUUCGGUCCGGUAGCGUGAUAGUAGGAGAAUGGUAUUGCCCGUUUAUGUUUGUGAAGGAGAAUUGUAGUGUAAGUCACCAAAUGAAGAAGUCAAUGUUCUAUAGGAUGACAUUAACCCAAUAUUGGGAACGGAUCUACCAUUGUGAAAACAAUAACUUGAAUGAAACCAACAACGAAGAUCUUGACGAAAACAAUGAUGAAAAUGAAGAAGAAGUGGUGAGAGUAGAUGCAAACGUGGUGAGAGAGGCAAGCUAUGUGAUGGGUAUGGAGGCGGUUAAAGGGGAUAAAGAAGGGCAUGGAGGUUUUUAUUGGUAUAGGCCGGUUCAAUGUUUGCGAGGACCGAGAGAGAGGAGGAGAAAGACUGGUUUAGGGUCUGCGGUGGGGCUAAGUUUCGCGGUGGUGGAAAGAAUGACAAGGGUAAUGGAGGAAGGAGGAUGGGUGGGUGGAGGAAGGAAGGUGGUGAGAGUGGAGAGAGAUGAGCAAAUUAGGGUUUCCAGAAGAGAUUUUGUGGAUAUGAAUGGAAACAAUGGAAGAGAUUGGAGGAGAUUUGGGUGUUAUGUGUUGGUGGAGAGUUUCGGGUUGAGAAGGGCUGAUGGAGUUUUGUUGAUUAAAUGUGUAUAUAGACAUACUCAAAGACUGAGAUGUAAAUGGGAUUGACUCGUUUAUGCUAUAACAACACUCUUUCGGUUUUACAAAAAGAAAGGGGGGGGUUCUAUAAUCAUUAAAAAUUGUACAUUAAAAAUCAGGAAAAGUAACAAAUUCUACUUGUAGAAAAAGACUCCAAAGUUUAAAUAAAACUGGAUAAAGAAAUUAAUGAAAAAUCCUUCUUGU